GGAUGCUGCAGAUACAAAGUUUCAAUCCGUCAGAUCCCACGGUUGACGUGUCAUACUUGCAUCGUUUCAGCAUGAUGCGUGGAGAGUCGAGACGUGUACCUCCCGGCCGUGGAUCUAUUGACUGGCCCAGGCUAACAGUUCGAUCCGAACUGAAUCCUUCGUCACAUUUAUCAACCUAUGCGUUGGCUCUUUCGAUCCGAAACCCGCCAAAGAUCGAACCGCGAGAUCGUGACCAACGCGGAGAUUCAAGGCCACCUCUGGUCGCGUGGCCCGGGAAUUCAUUCCCAUUCGCCAGAUAUCCGUCACUCUUGGCCCAAUACUAAUCCCCGUAUCUACGAUGUGAUCUAGCUAACAAUGCUAUUCGAUAUAUGUGAUGAAAAUCGCGAAUUAUUUGGAUUUUGUUGGCAGGAUAGCUCAAAGGAAUUCCCGUUGCGUUCCCCUUAGCUGACAUAUCUGCAGGGUUAGGACGUAAGGCAGAGGGAUUCUGCCGUCUCCCAGUGCAGUUUUCACAGUUUCGAUCCUGAUAUCCGCAGAAGGUCAAUCAAGCCUAACGCAAUUGGCUGAUAUCGGCCCAGCAACACGCUUCGAACCGUGUAAUUCGCUUUGCGUCAAAAGGGUUUACUUUUGCACGAGUGAGAGGAAUUUUCUCGUUCACCUGAUGGCCUUGGUAAAAAUGUUGAUGGCUCAACUGCGCGUUCGUGCAGCUGGUCCAAGGAAUCUCUUUACUUGGAGGCCACACGAUCUGCAAGGCAGCAAAUAUGGGGGAUGCACGUGCCAUUCUUCCUGAGAAUAUCGAAGAUCAUCGGUCGACACGGAUUCGACUUAUAACAAACUGUAACAGCUGUGAACAUGUGGAUCCUCUUGAGAGCGAAGAAUCAGUAUUCCUUACUUGCGG